AUGGCAAUCCGAGCUCGAGCGCUGUACGAUUUCCAGAGUGAGAACAAGGAAGAAAUCAGCAUCCGUGAGAAUGAGGAGUUGGUGCUUUUCAACGAGAAGUCCCUGGAUGGAUGGCUGCAAGGCACCAACUCCCGAGGGGAGACGGGCCUCUUCCCCGCCUCUUACGUGGAGAUCCUUCGCUCCAGGUCCUCUUCCAAUUAUACCAACAGUCCCGCUGGGUCUCCUGGGAACGGCUCCUCCUUCUACGUCCCCUCGUCCAUCCCCGGCAUUCCCCACCAGGGCAGCUUUGAAGAUGAUGACGAUGACUGGGACGAUUGGGACGAUGAAAGCACGGUGGUGGAGGAGCCCAGGAGCGGGGCAGGGACCAACGGGCACCCCUCGCCGAGCCUGUCCUGCCCCAGGCCCUACGCUCCUCAUCCCAACAACGUCGGCAGCCGGGCCAAGCCGUCUCUGGAGAGGCAGGACAGCAUCGGGUCUUCGAAGAGAGGCAGCGUGGUGAGUCGGAACCUCAACCGUUUCUCCAGCUUUGUGCGCUCGGGAGUGGAGGCCUUCGUUUUGGGAGACGUGCCCAUGAUGGGCAAGAUCUCGGAGGCCUACUACAUAGACAUGGGCUCGAAAGGUCCGCAGUGGCGAGCCAAUCCACACCCUUUCCUCUGCUCGGUGGAAGAGCCCACCAAACAGACCAAGUUCAAAGGCAUCAAGAGCUACAUCUCCUACCGCUUGACGCCCAGCAACGGCAAUUCGCCGGUGUACCGGCGCUACAAACACUUCGACUGGCUGUACAACCGCCUGUUGCACAAGUUCACUGUCAUCUCAGUGCCCCACCUGCCGGAGAAGCAAGCCACGGGGCGCUUUGGGGAGGACUUCAUCGAGAAGCGCAAACGGAGACUGAUCUUGUGGAUGGACCACAUGACCAGCCACCCAGCGCUCUCCCAGUACGAGGGCUUCCAACACUUCCUCAACUGCGGGGACAACAAGCAGUGGAAGAUGGGCAAACGCCGGGCGGAGAAGGACGAGAUGGUGGGGGCUAGUUUCCUCCUGACCCUCCAGAUCCCAACCGAGCACCAAGACCUGCAGGAUGUGGAGGACCGAGUGGACACUUUCAAGGCCUUCAGCAAGAAGAUGGACGACAGUGUCCUACAGUUGACCGGCGUAGCUUCUGAGCUGGCCAGGAAGCAUGUUGGGGGCUUCCGUAAAGAGUUCCAAAAACUGGGCAAUGCUUUCCAAGCCAUCAGCCAAGCCUUCCAGAUGGACCCACCCUACAGCUUUGAUGCCCUCAACAACGCCAUCUCCCACACGGGCAAGACCUACGAGAUGGUGGGGGAGAUGUUUGCCGAGCAACCCAAGAAUGACCUGUUCCUCAUGUUGGAUAGCCUCUCUUUGUACCAGGGACUCCUCUCCAACUUCCCAGACAUCAUCCAUCUUCAAAAAGGUGCGUUUGCCAAAGUGAAGGAGAGCCAGCGGAUGAGCGACGAAGGGAAAAUGGACCAGGAGGAGGCAGACGGGAUCCGGAAGCGUUGUCGAGUGGUUGGCUUUGCCCUGCAGGCUGAAAUGAAUCACUUCCACGAGAGGCGCAUCUUGGACUUCAAAAAGAUGAUGCAGUCCUACAUCAGGGAGCAAAUCGUCUUCUACCAGAGAGUCAGCCAGAAGCUGGAAGAGACGCUGAGGAGAUACGACAGCCUCUAGUAAGCUUGCCGGAUGUUGGAGCUCAGGAUGGUCCUCAACGCUACCGUGCCCUCAGCUGGGAUGAGCAGCAGGGACCAUGUUGUCUUCUCUGCCUCUGAGAAAGGGAGGUCUUCUCCUCAUGGUGGAUCCUGGGAGGUUCUCCCCGGUGACUUGCUCACCGUCAUCUUCACGAUGCUAAACUUUGAGCGCCGAAAGGGAAGGUUGUAGCCCCGUCAUGACCAAAGCUUGGGAUGGUGUCUUCCCCACCCAUCCCGAUCCCAUCGCAAGGACCCAGCCAAGAAUCAUUGCACAAAAAGAACAUUUUGACGAGCGGAAUUCUUUUCCUCAAGAAGAGCCCAGCUUCUAGCCUUGUUGUUUACAAAGGAAGUAAAAGAAUUUGCUUUCCAAAGGAAAUGUAGCUUUUUGCUCCAGCCGGCUUCCUUUAUUUCCUCUCAGGCUUGAUUUUCUGGAAAAAACAACAACACUCUUUUAUUUAUCCAGAUCCUUUCCAACACCAGCACUUCCCGUUCCCCUCCAGAAAAAGGAACAAAAUCAGGUUGAACCUGAUUUCAAGGGUUGAUGUUAUUGUUGUUGUUGAUGUUGUUGUUUUUUCUCUCUCUCUAGAAAGGAUGAUUGUGCAAAGCCAGAGAGCAAAAAAUGGAGGUGAAGUGGAAAGAGCGAAAAGGUUGGCCAACCAAAACGACUCUUCUUUAGGAAGUCGCACAAGCAACACAAUCUCACUUCUGAGGCCUGUUACAGGUAGUCCUCGCCUUACGACCACAACUGGGCCCAGAAUUUCUGUUGCUAAGUGAGUUUCCCUUCCCCCCAUGUUAGGACCUUUCUUGACGUAGUUAUUAACGAAUCGCUGCCGUUAAGUUAGUUAACACGGUCAUUAAGUGAACCUGGUUUUCCCAUGGACUUUGCUCGUCAGAAGGUCGCCAAAGGGGAUCACGUGACCCCGGGACACCGCAACCGUCAUAAAUACGAAACAGUGGCCAAAACAUCUGAAUUUCGAUCACGACACUGUAACCUCUCACGGUUGUAAGAGUGAGACGGUUGUAAGUCAUUUUCCCCCCCAGUGCGGUUGUCACUUUGAACAGUCACUAAACAGAUGGUUGUAAGUCGAGGACUACUUGUACACAGGUAAUAGGAAUGUGUUUUUAAAGCCACGCAUCUCUGCACUCACCUGAGUAAAUCCAGAAUUACUGUUUCUCUCCCCCCACCCCAUCUUUGAAAUCAGAGCAGUCCGUGGAAACUGCAGUUACGUGUUUGGAUUUGUGUCUGCAAGACGGAGGGUCAGAGGUCCAAAGGGGCUGAUACCUGUUUUUGUUUUAAAAAAAGGUUUUCUCCAUGGUAACUGGAACUCUGAGGUGGAUUUGUCCACGGCCUUAAUCAAAAAUGGCUCCUUGGGGCUCUGUGUCCUUUGUCCUCUGACCUGCUGUGAUCCAUUUCUUCUUUCCUCCUCUUGCUCUCCAAAGAAUUGGGGGAUGGGGAUGUACAUUUUGACAUGUUUGGCGAAUAAAAUCUGGGGUCUGGGAGAUAAAGAGAGCUUCGUCUUCAUUGUCUCUGGGGGAAGUCCUCGCCCUAAGACCCCAACGGGGCCCAAAAUUAAGGUUUGCUAAGUGAGAAAUUUGCUCCACUUUUGGCUUUCAGUUCCCGAUGUUUCCAGCUGUUAAGUGAAUCCCUGCAGUUCUCGAACUAGUAACCCAGCGGCUAAGGGAACCUGGCUUCCCCAUUGACUUGGGCUUGUCAGAAGGUCACCAAAGGGGAUCAGGUGAUGCUACCACCGUCAUAAAUGCGAGUCAC